GGGCACCUCCCCCCAGUGCCUCCUUUACACUCCCGUGAAUGAAGAAGAACCUCUUCACUUUUACUCCCUGCCUGGCCUGGGUGCAUGUGUGUCUGUGAGCCUGUGAAUGUGUGUGUGUGUGUGUGGAGGAGAGAACCGGACUCUGCAGCUCAGCUGGGAUAAAGUGUGUGUGUGUGUGUGUGUGUGUGUUUGUGUGUGUGUGCCGGUGCAUGGUGUGGAGAGGCAGUGGCCUUGUGGCUGUGUUUAGAGUUCACUCCCGGAGUCUGAUUAAGCCGGUAGGAUCCUUUCCAGCACGUCUGAGAUGAGGCUAGAGCUUCAGGUGGUGGUGUUGCUGCUGGUGGCCCUGUGGACAGCCAGCGGCCACGCAUGGUUCUGGAAUGAGCCCGAUACCACACCUCCGGCCACAACAGUGGAUUCCCCUGAGGGUUCUACUGCGACGGGGACCGAAGAACCAGAACAGCCAAUGGAGACCACUACAGAUGUCGGAGCAGAGGUGGUCGACGUCGCAAAUGGGAUCCGUAAACUUGUAUCGACUUGGGAGCCGACGACAGAAGCGCUUCAGCUGACAACUGUGAAGCCUACAUCCCUACCACACGAAGAGGAUUCCCAGCCAGAGAAUGAGGAUUCCCAAACAGAGAAUGGGAAAACUCAACCAGAGAAUGUGGAAGCUGAAAAUGUCACCACUGGGGUUCCAACAGAUGCAGAGAAACUGGGUAAUGGUUCCUCAUCACCAGAAGACGAAAGCGGGGUCACCCUGCUGCAGCUCAUCGGGGACCCCCCUCCCGACACCAUCACCCAGAUACCGGGGCCCGACAACAACCCCAGCUACGUCUUCGGCCCCGACGCCAACACGGGCCAGCUGGCGCGCGCCCACUUCCCCAGCCCCUUCUACCGCGACUUCUCCCUCAUCUUCCACCUGAAGCCCACCUCAGACCGCGGGGGGGUGGUGUUCUCCAUCACGGACGACUCACAGCAGGUCAUGUACGUGGGGGUGAAGCUGUCAGAGGUGCAGGGGGGCCGGCAGAGUGUGGUGCUGUACUACACGGAACCCGGCUCGGAGGAGUCGUACGAGGCGGCCCGCUUCACCGUGGCGUCCAUGCGGGGCACGUGGACGCGCUUCUCCCUGGCCGUGCACGACGAGAAGGUCACCUUCUACCCCAACUGCGACAUGGAGUCCCAGGUGGUGCGCUUCGAGAGGUCCCCCGACGGCAUGGACCUGGAGGCCGGGGCCGGCGUGUUCGUGGGCCAGGCCGGAGGAGCCGACCCUGAUAAGUUCUUGGGGGUGGUCGGUGAGCUCAGAGUGGUAGGGGAUCCCCGUGCUGCAGAGAGACACUGCGAGGAAGACGGGGAUGACACAGAUGUGGCUUCAGGAUUUGGAAGUGGCUACGGAGAGGAUGAACGAAGUUCCCCAACGGCCACCCCGCCGUCCUCCGUUCCCAUCCAGCAGCCCCCCGUCACUAGGCAACAGGAGGUGUUAGUAGAAAGACAGACCGCCAGUGACUCCCACCUGGUGGAGGCUGCCUCCAGCGCUGGGCUCCCUGGAACCGCAGGCUCCGCAGGCAGCAGGGGGGGGAAAGGUGACCAAGGGGAAAGGGGAGAGAAGGGCGACAGGGGUCCCAUUGGGCCCCAGGGGGAGCAGGGAUCCGGCUCGACCAGCUCGCGAGGAGGAGUGCGGGGAGAGAAGGGAGAACCAGGAGAAAAAGGACUCAAGGGCAGUGCCGGGUUCGGCUACCCUGGGAAGAAGGGCGACAGCGGGUCCCCCGGGCCGCCCGGCCCAACUGGCGCCGCGGGCCCCUCGGCCGAGCUGCUGGAGCGCACCCCCGGCUCCGUGGUGGAGCGGGUGGCUGGCCCCCCGGGGCCCGCUGGUCCACCAGGGGCCCAGGGACCUGCAGGAACCGACGGAGAACCGGGUGACCCUGGUGAAGACGGCAAGGCAGGCCCUGUUGGACCUUCAGGAUUUCCAGGAACCCCUGGUGAUGCUGGAGUUAAAGGAGAAAAGGGAGACCGCGGAGAAGCUGUACCUGGUCCAAGGGGACCCCCUGGACCCCCUGGCCCACCAGCAACAGGAUCCAGAUCAACCUUUGUGGACAUGGAAGGCUCAGGUUUUACAGACCUGGACUCUAUUCGGGGAAUGCCUGGACUACCUGGCCCCCCAGGGCUCCCUGGACCUCCAGGGCCCUCUACCGCUGUUGGCGUUGGAACAGCCACAAGCUCCGGGGCCUUUGGACCCCCAGGAAAGGACGGAGCACCCGGUCAAUCCGGUCUACCUGGACUUCCGGGGACCGAUGGCGUGGCAGGACUUUCCGGUCCGACGGGAGCUAAGGGCGAAGCCGGCGAGUUGGGUCUUCCAGGAGCAAUCGGAGAGAAGGGUGCUGUAGGACAGCCGGGGUUGCCGGGCCAACCAGGGGAAGGUGGAUUUGCCGGCCUGCCUGGGCCAAUGGGACCGGUCGGACAGCCCGGGCCCCCAGGGCCCCCCGGUGGUGUUGGUACUGGUCGAGUUGGAUUUGAUGACAUGGAGGGUUCCGGUGGAAUCCUGUCCAAUGGACUUCCUGGCGUUAGCGGACCUGAAGGAAGACAGGGUCAGGCUGGUGUACCUGGUUUACCUGGUCGGGCUGGUCUCCCGGGCAUACAUGGGCAGAAGGGCAGUGAAGGAGCUCAGGGACGAGAUGGGAAGCCAGGACUGGACGGUUUCCCUGGCCCUCAGGGACCAAAGGGUGCCUUCGGCGAAAAAGGAGAACUGGGUCAACCGGGCAGAGAUGGCACUGGACUCCCCGGACCUCCUGGCCCACCUGGAACACCCGGACAGAUCAUCUACCAAUCGUCUGGAAACCAGGACGGCACGACCGGCAUCGGCGGGCCUCAGGGUCCCCAUGGUUCACCUGGCCAAGCUGGAUUCCCUGGCCCGAUUGGACCCAAAGGAGACAGAGGUGACCCAGGUCUGCCAGGCUACGGUGUGAAGGGGGAGAAGGGCGAGGCAGGGCUGGUGGUCGGACCCGACGGAAGCCCCCUGACCCUGGGAGGGCUGGCGGGCCCAAAGGGUGCCAUCGGAGCUAAUGGACCUGUUGGGCCUCCUGGUCCUUACGGUUCUCCUGGAUAUAAGGGGGAAAUGGGGAUGCCUGGAAGACCUGGCCGACCGGGUGUGAACGGAUACAAGGGAGAGAAGGGAGAUGCAGGGGGCGGCACAGGAUACAGCUACCCGGGGCCUGCAGGACCACCAGGGCCGCCUGGGCCCCCUGGCCUUCCCACGCCUCUGGACCGCUUCAAUCGCUACGACACUUCAGUGGACUACCCAGCGACUAAAGGAGAGAAAGGGAUGCAAGGAGACCGCGGGUUACCAGGCACAUCGUCUAACUUGGACCUAUAUGCAUUCAAGAACGAGCUGAAGGGAGAGCGCGGAGACAAUGGGGUGAAGGGGGAGAAGGGAGAGCCGGCUGCAGGGUUUUACGACGCCCUCCGGUCUUACAGCCUUUAUUUUCCAUUGCACACAGUUUUUCCUCAACGUUGUUCUUUCCCAACCCUUUGCUUCAAGGGUCCGAAGGGAGACUCCAUCAUGGGCCCCCCUGGACCCCAGGGACCACCUGGACCCACGGGUAUCGGGUAUGACGGCCGUCCAGGAGCCCCAGGCCCCCCAGGACCUCCCGGACCCACUGGAUCCCCCUCUUUACCGGGGCCCUACAGGCCCAACCACUCCUUCCAUGUCCCUGGACCCCCAGGGCCCCCCGGGCCCCCAGGAGCCUCAGGCCACUCCUCUGGGGUGAUGGUGCUGAAGUCCUACGACACCAUGCUGGCCCAGGCCCGUCGCCAGGAGGAGGGCAGCCUCAUCUACUGCCUAGACAAGGCCGACCUCUACCUCCGUGUCCGCCACGGCCUGCGCCAAGUCAUGCUCGGAGACUACAAUCCCUUCUACAGAGACUCGGAAAACGAGGUGGCUGAGGUCCAGCCCCCACCUGUGGUCAUCUACACACAGUCCCAGGACCAGUCGGUCAACGGGGCCGGCCACUACUCCCAGGGGGGGGCCGACACGCGCCCCGUGGACCAGCCGCCGCCGGCCCACCACCCCCACCACCACCAGCAUCACCAGCAGGAGACCCCCAGGAGGGAACACGCCCCCCAGCCCGACCCCCGCUAUCCCCCGCACUACGACCCCCGCUUCCCCGACCCGAGGUACCCCGGUCAGACGGCCGAGCGGGCCAACCCCCCCCCGCAGCCGCCCCAGCAGCCUGAGGUCCGCCACCCGGUCACCGCCAGGAGACCCCACGUCCCCCCGGCGGCCCCCAAGCCCGCCGCUCACGUACACACCUCCGGACCCGGGCUCCACCUCAUCGCCCUGAACUCGCCCCAGACCGGCAACAUGCGAGGGAUCCGCGGCUCCGACUUCCUGUGCUUCCAGCAGGCGCGAGCCGUGGGGCUGAAGGGGACCUUCCGGGCCUUCCUGUCCUCCAAGCUACAGGACUUGUACAGCAUCGUCCGCAAGUCGGACAGAGACAGCCUGCCCAUCGUGAACCUUAAGGACCAGGAGCUGUUCAGCAGCUGGGACUCGCUGUUCGGGGAGGUCUCAGGCACCAUGCGGGAGGGCGUUCCUCUCUACUCCUUCGACGGCAGAGACAUCCUCAGAGACAGCGCAUGGCCUGAUAAGAUGGUGUGGCAUGGCUCUAGCACCAAGGGCCACCGGCAGACGGACAACUACUGCGAGACGUGGAGGGCGAGCGACCGCGCGGUGACCGGCCUGGCGUCCUCCCUGCAGAGCGGCUCGCUCACCCAGCAGGGCCCCAGCAGCUGCUCCCACUCCUACAUCGUCCUCUGCAUCGAGAACAGCUACAUCCCCCACUCCGCGAAAUAAGCACACCACCCCCCCCAAACUCCCACCGCAACCCCGGUUCCUUCUAAUUUUUUUUGUUUUUGUUUUGAUCUUGGUUUAAAAAUAGAACGACAAGUUUGAGCAGGCACCUCAUUAAAAUUUUAAUCUUUGUUCAUUAUUUUUACCCUGAAAAUGAGCCUUGAGAAAGUGUGGCAUCCCGUUUAAACGGGGGCCAGGGACUGCUUGUCCAACUUUAACGUAUUUCAGCAUCUUUUUUGUUUUUACCCUUCCAUGAAUGCCAAAGAGACUGGUCUAACAGAAGGGUAUCGGCUCCUGUUCCUGGGGAGAUUGGCACAUUUACUGGUAUUUUUCCAUUCAUUUCUUUCAGUUGUUUUGUUUAUUUUUCCCUCCCAGGGUUGUAACAAAAGAGAAAGAAAACGUAACUACAUUUUCAAAUUGUAUCCAUUUUUUGUAUUCUGUAUAUUAUGUUUGUUAUCUGUUUAAUUUUUCUUUGCAUUCCUAAAUGUUUUUACUUUUUGAAUUGUUGCAUAUCCAUCCUGUUACAAUGCUGUUUUUAGCUAUUGAUGAUUCCUCUGUAAGAUUUUAAAAUUUCUUUAUUUCAUUUUGUUUUUUAAUUUCAUUUAAGAAUUGUGGGUACUUUGGGGUAGAACAAGAUUUAAAUACUAUUUUAAAAAUGAAAGAAGCGAAUAGAUAUUUAUUUUUAAAUGAAGUUAUGUAAGGACAUAAUAUUUUAUUUGGAAAAUUAGCAACAAAAUAAAUCAAAUUACCCUUAUUCAUACACUAAUUCUACACAGGACCACUCUCAAGUAUGUUAGCAAAUAGUGUCUAUGUUUUUUUACCUAAUCCAACACAGCAUGAAUAGCCGCAAGAUUCUGUGUAACUGAAAUCACAUUAUACGUAUUUUGAAUUGAACGCAGAUAAAUCUAUGUUUACCUGGCUGGCAUGUACUGUUUUCAUUGUACAUAAAAAACAAAAUGGCUGUUAUGGUUCAAGUCUGUGGUGGAGCGCGACCGGUAAUGGCGAUGGUGAACCAACUGUGUGUGUGUGUGUGUGUGUGUGUGUGUGUGUGUGUGUGUGUGUGUGUGUGUGUGUGUGUGUGUGUGUGUGUGUGUGUGUGUGUGUGUGUGUGUGUGUGUGUGUGUGUGUGUGUGUGUGUGUGUGAGAUUUGGACUGCGUGUUGGAUUCCAGAGACUCACCCUGGCUUCAGCAAUACUGAUGCCUUGCUCACUGAACCUGUGGAUUACAUUUGUCACGGCAACAACAAUGUGUUCUGUACAACUUCACCCGGGCACUGAAUAAAUGUAUUUUUUCCAUCCAAGAUUCACAUGUUAUUGAACAGGGAUAAAUAUGUACGUGCUAAUUAUCAGAUGUGAUCAUAUUGUGUCAACUCAUUCAUUCCUGAUUCAUUCAUGUGACCUUCAGCAGCACCCGAGGGUGCUAAAGCUGCCGGCCUUGACUGCGGCAACCUCACAAAUCACCGUCCCAGCGCCCAUGAAAGCCAGCCGACCUUUACACUCAUAGAGGACCUUCAGGCUACGGUAACGGCUGCGUCCGUGAUAAGACAACUGCACUUGGGUGUGUUUGCGUCGGCAGUGGGGGCGUGACUAUGUGAAUUCAUGAUUGGAUGGCGAUCUUGGCGAUCUUGUGAAUUCAAGAACCUGGUUGGGGGGUAAGAUUUUGUGAAUUUGCAAAUAGGUUUGUUAGGGGCAUGAUAGGAAUAUUCAUUAGUCUUUAAGAUGUCCUUAUUCAAUUCCUCCAUGAUUCCACUGAUUUUAUUAUGAGAUUAAAGGUUGAGCAUUUAAUAUUUUUUUGCUAUG